AGGAUGCGGAAGUUAGCUGUCAACUGCAACCACCCAUAGCCACAACAUGUAAAAAAUAUUAACUUUAAGGCGGCAGUCUGGUAGCUCAUGGCAGCGGAGGAAGCCGGAUGUUUGUCCCGGACUCCGGCCUGCCUGUGUGUCCUUUGCGGGCUCCCUGCUGCCGGGAAGUCCUUUCUGGCCGGCAGAGUCCUCCGCUCCGCUGCACAGCGCGGCUGGAGAGCCAGCGUUGUGCCGUAUGAUGACCUGAUCCCCGAGCAGGCGUUUCAGACCAGAGGGGAGGAAGACGGUGUCAAACUGCAAGAACACACUGAAUGGAAGUUACACAGACAGGCAGUUUUGCAGUGCAUCGAGCAGUUCUUGGAGAAACCUGGAGUUUUGGCAGAGCUUCCGAGCAGCUGUCAGAUCAACAGGGCAGCAUGGAAUCAAUGCAUCCUCCCUCUGAUACAGCCUGGAGCUGAGGACCGCUCACAGGCUGACCGGGCACCACUCCUCUUUCUACUGGAUGACAACUUCUACUAUCCAAGCAUGAGAUAUGAAGUGUACCAACUUGCAAGAAAGUAUUCGCUGGGUUUCUGCCAGGUGUAUCUGCAGUGUGAUGCGGAGUCCUGCAUCAGCAGAAACCAGAGCAGGUCUAAACCCAUUCCCACUGAAGUGAUAUUGGACAUGGUGAAGCGCCUGGAGUCUCCAAAUCCACAGAAGAACUCAUGGGAGACUAACAGCAUUUCACUCAACACCACAGAUGAUUUGUCCGAAUGUGACAUGCAGAGGGUGAUGGAGUCGAUCUCCUCGGCCCUGAGCAACCCACUGAGCCCGGCUGAAGACAACACAGAACAAAAGGAGGCAGACCGCCUGAAGUGUGCCUCUAGUGUUGUCCAUCAGACUGACCAGGCCUGUCGACGCCGUAUAUCUGAAGCCAUGAGGACUGCCAGAGAGAAUCAAGUCGCCCCUGAGCACAUGAGGUCUUUGGCCGCUCAGCUGAACGAGUCUAAAGCAACGUUUCUUCACAACCUGCGGAGACAGUUCCUAGAGGAAGCGUCUUUCACCAAAGAAGAGGACAUUGAUGUGGAACGUGUGGUGGAAAGAGCAGUGGAUGUUUUUGAUCACGAGAAAAAAGAAAUCCUGUUGAGAAUCAUAAAUGAAAAUAAAUGAUUUGAACUUGUUUGAAUUUUCA